GACGACUGACUGACUGACGUUUGAAUGAAUGACGGAGAGACAGAUCAGCAAGAGAGCGAGAGAGGUUUUUUCUUUCAGUUAUCGAUUGUAAAUUAGCCAGAUAUAUCAUAUUAUUAUAGGAUCUAGACGGAUGUAAAUGCGAACGAAUAAACGAGAGUGAAAAAUAAACUGGUGAAAAUGAGCUUCUCGAAAAAUUACGCCCCUCAAAAUUCAAGCCACCCUCAAACCGCGCCUGUGAAAAUCGCCUCGACGACGAGAGACUCGUCGAAUGGUCGCCUCUCUCUGUCCAAGGGCCAAAGGCCACUGAGCAAAGGCUUCUCCCAGCAGUCAAAAAUCGGCAUGAGUUCAGUUUCUCUGGUUCCGGGCCAUCAAGUCACAAGUGCAACUUACCGAAGCGUAAAGGGAGGAUUCAAGAUUCCGAGGUACCAGAACAGCUAUCGAUUGUAUGCCCACAACCCUUGGAAACAGGAAGUCGUCGACAAGGUUCUCGAAGAAGUUAUGACCACCACCCUGACCGGGAUGAAAUACAACCCGGAGGUUUGUAUGAAACUCUGCCAGGACAUGACGGCUGAGAUAAGGAAUCGGAUAUACCGAAAGGACUACGACAGGUACAAGUUCAUAGUGCAGGUGACGAUAGUAGAAAAGACCGGACAAAGUUUGCAAGUCGCUAAUGGCAGGCUGUGGGACAUUGAGAGAGACAAUCACUCGACUUUUACAUUCGAAAGUUCGCAAAUGUACGCCGUCGGGAUCGUCGUCGGUGUUUAUUACGAAUAA